AUAGGGACUAAAGAAAAAAGAAGAGGUGGUGGUGGUAUUUGAAUCACCAAUUUAACAUGGAUCAAAACCCUCGACGCAAUUUUUAUUUCUCUCUCCUAACCCAAAAACCCAAACCCUUCAAACUUUUGCUUCGCUCGCUCUUUUGUGGCGGCUUUCCCUCCUUCGCUUAUAAGUUUCCUUUUCUCUCUCUAUCUACAGAUAAAUAAAUAAAAAUAAAAAUCCGUCGGUUCAUCAUGGCCCCCGCCGCUGCUGUAGAUCAGGCUUCAGAUUAUUUGCAGAAGCUGUCUUUGGAUUCCCAAGCUAAAACUUAUGAAAACCAAGAUGCCACCAAAAAGCCUUCAGUUGAUUCCAGUAACGUGGCGAAUGGAGUUCAGUCAGAUCGAUCUAUCACUCCUCUAUUGCCAGAUUUUACGGAUCCAUCUACUGGCUACCAUCCAAACAGUUAUCCUUCUCCAGCAUAUUAUUAUAGUGUAGGUAAUGACUGGGAGGAUUACCCAAGAUAUAUGAACGCCGACGGAGUGGAUAUGACUCCGGGAGCUUAUGGGGACAAUGGAUCAAUUAUGUAUCAUGGCUAUGGCUAUACUCCUUAUCCACCAUAUUCGCCUGCUGCUUCCCCUGUUCCAACCUUGGGGCACGAUGGUCAGCUCUACGGAUCGCAGCACUAUCAGUACCCAACUCCUUAUUUCCAGUCAUUGACGCAGACAAGUGGUCCCUACCCUACUCAAGCUGGCUCUGCAAAGGGUGAGAUAGCUACCUCUGCUGCUACUGACCAGUCAUCUUUGUUGGUGGAUUCUGCUAAUUCAAAAUCGAAUGUUGUUACCUAUAAUGGUGGUGCAAAGGGAAGUAAUGGUUCAAUGCAGGCAAGACCAACGUACCAAAAUUCAUCGUUUAAUGUGCAUGGCUCCUACGGAGGGUCUGCUUUCACUGGCGGAUACCCGGCUUCUGGUUAUCAGGACCACAGAUAUGGAUAUGAUGGUUUACAGUCGCCAAUUCAAUGGUUAGAGAGUCCAUACUUCUUAGAUGGACAGCCAAGGCCUGUAACUAGUUCGUCGAUGACUUCCUCCUAUGCAAAUGGAAAUAGAAUCCCUUCAUCUAAGAAUCAGAAUUUCCGGCCUCAACUGAUGGGUUUGCAGCAGCCAAGGCCAAUGUCUGCCAUGAACACUGCCAGUGGAUACAUGAAUAGAAUGUACCCCAACAAGUUGUAUGGCCAGUAUGGAAGUACUUACAGAUCUGGUCUGGGUAAUGGAUCCGGUGGUUAUGACUCACGAACAAAUGGACGUGGUUGGAUGGCUGUUGAUAGCAAGUACAAGCCGAGGGGAAGAGGAAAUGGUUUAUAUGGUUAUGGAAAUGAGAGCAUGGAUGGCUUGAACGAAUUGAACAGGGGACCAAGAGCUAAAAGCUCUAAGAACACAAAGGAAAUUAGUCCAGUGGCUUUGGCUGUCAAAGGGCAAAAUAUCCCCUUGUCUGGAACAGAUGAUAAUGAGAAGGAGAAGUCAAGUGUGACCCCUGAUCUGGAAGAAUACAACAGACCCGAUUUUCCCGAGACUUAUUCUGAUGCGAAAUUUUUUAUUAUCAAAUCAUACAGCGAGGAUGAUGUCCACAAGAGCAUCAAGUACAAUAUCUGGGCUAGCACCUCAAAUGGUAACAAAAAGCUAGAAGCUGCUUACCAGGAUGCUCAACAGAAGCCAGGUGGCUGCCCUGUUUUCCUUUUCUUCUCGGUAAAUACCAGUGGUCAGUUCGUUGGUGUUGCAGAGAUGGUUGGUCCUGUUGAUUUUAACAAGAAUGUUGAGUACUGGCAGCAGGACAAGUGGAUUGGUUGUUUCCCAUUAAAGUGGCACAUCGUAAAGGACCUCCCAAAUAGUUCAUUGAAGCAUAUUACCCUCGAGAAUAAUGAGAACAAACCUGUUACCAAUAGCAGGGACACCCAAGAGGUUAAACUUGAGCCAGGACUUGCGGUGCUUAAAAUAUUCAAGGAUCAUACAAGUAGACAAUGCAUACUGGAUGACUUCGAUUUCUACGAGGAUCGCCAGAAAAAAAUCCAGGAGAAGAAAGCAAGGCAACAACAAUUCCAGAAACAGGCUCAAGUAUGGGAAGGCAAAUCGGCCGAGGAAAAGUCAAAUGGUGAAGUGGCAUCUGAGUUAAACAAGGAAGCUGCAUCGAAUGUUCCAACAGAAAACAGCUCUGUACUAAAACCUGCUGAUGGAGUUGUAGCUAAUGUUGUUGCAAAUAGUUGAUAUGUUCAGCUUGUGGUGAGCCAUGGACAUAAUCGACGAGAUGAGAAAUAUAGUUUGGGUGCUUGAUUAGAGUAACGUCAAGCAAGCAAUUGGAUGUGGCUCUGCUGAUAUCAACAAUAGUUAUGAAGCAAAGUUUACGUUUCUUCUCAUGAUGGGUAUUUUUUAGUACCUAAUAGGUUUUCUUUUUUGUGUCCAUGGGGGUCUUGGUCUUAGGGUUGCCUUGUUUUUUUUUUCUUUUUCUUUUUCACCAACAGCCUUUGUUGCUUUUCUUCUUGUUUUUUUUUAAUUUAAUUUAUUUCCCUUAAAAAAAAAAAAGAUAUUUUCUCCCUUUGAGUUUGCUAAGUGGUGUAUCAUCCGAUAUUUCCCUUAAAAUGUAGCCUACUUUUCUAGUAUGGUGAAAGAGAGAGCUAGAAACGAGUUGGGAAUAUAUAUAGUUUAUUAAUUUAAGAGGGUUUUUAGUUUUAUUAGUGAUUGUAUUAAUUAAUUAGAUGCCCGGCUUAUGAGGUUAUGGGAAGUUGUAUUAGUACUGCAUCUCUUUUACUGGUUUAGAGUCGAGACUAGCAAUAAAAUUAUAUUAAUCUU